GACUCCACCUGGGAGGAGAAGAAGAAGCGAAGAGAGCAGCAGCAGCGGAGCAUAGGAUAGCCGAACCAACUUAUUACCCUCACCGAGUUCCAAGUGAAAAGAAGCACACAAAAACCCGCCGCGCCGUCGCGCCCGUUCUCCUCCGUGUUCGUUCAUCGUCCAUUGCCAAUUGGCCAACAAAGUUGCACAUUUUAGCUCGAAAAACGAAUUCAUUUCGUUGCUGUUCAUCGGCCGCAGCGUUUCAGUUUGUUUCUCAAUUCGUAGCCAAUUUUUGUGUGUUUUGCAAUUUGAAUUUGUGCAAACGAGUGACGUCGUCGCACGUUUUUUUGGGUUUUCUUUUUACCUUUGGAUGUACGACAGGUCGUCACGAUGACAGCGCAGGUUCUUGAAUAGAAGAAGAAGGAAAUCAAACAAUACACAAAAGAGGAUCCAAUUGGCUUCUACAUCUUCUUAUGGACAAGUCCUUGGAGUCGUGAACGAACUCGACGUCUCGGACAUUCGAGCACGUCUUGCGGGCACACGGGAACAUGACCACCUUCGCAACGACGGCCACUAAGACCAACCAGCCGCUUCAACUCUUCACGAUGUUCCCGCCCGGCGGAGCGUCGACUUUGAAGGGUUUCACAGCGCCAGCGUUUGGAGCGGCAGCAACGACAGGUGCAUCGUCUGCGGAUCGCCAUCAAUUUCGUGCUGGCCAAUCUCAACACGGCGAAGAGGACGCAGGAUCAGGUGCCAAUCCAAUGCUACCAGUCUUCAUGGUGGACGGCCCUACCCCUCCAGUGAGGCCGGUCAGGCACGUCCAGCACGCGAGCCAAUGGGCGGAAUCGAAAACGACAGUGGCGCCCGGGCUGAUUGUCCGAUCGACUACGGCCACCGUCAGCACGAGCCAGUGGAGCGAAUAUUCAACAACUUUGACCGAGGGGCUCUUUCAAGGCCAAAGUUCCAGCACUCAGUUCCAGACGGUACGCAACAGCACCACCCAGUCCACAACUGGAGCAGCGUCCAAUCCAACGCUAAUGUCUUCGGCUCAAUACCUGGACGACUUACAGUUACCGACGCAACAGCUGGACCUGGCAGCCCAGUUGGGUAAAGGAUCGAUCGCCCGGAAGGGAUCGCUGGGCGGAAGGAGGCCGCCCACUGUCCGAUAUCGUCGAGUUAACAGUCAAGGAUCGCUGCCGUACGAGCAACAACAUCAGCUGUUGCAACAACAAGAAGUCGUUGCAGCGGCACCUUCUACGGCACUGUCCGUCCCAACGACGAACGGAACGGAUCCCAUCCGCAGCGGUAAAAAUAGAACACCUCCGCCUCGACCUCCGCCGCCAAAGUUCCAGCAGAAACCGCUGGAACAACAAAGCGCAAUGUUACCAGCUCCAGUCAUUCCGACUUUAGCGCCACCGGCCACCGACUGGAACAGCAGUCGAUCCGGCACUCCGCCUUCUCUUCCGGCCAACAGCCCACCACCUCUUCCCGAUCGGGAAGACUUGGAUUUCGUCAUGGAUGAAGGGUCCUCUUCCGCUUCCGAGUCUUCGUCCACUCCACAUCCGGGCAUGACGGAUGUCGUUGAAAUCAACGACAAGGAGUCGGUUGGAGAGGACGGCGAAGUUGUUCGAAGACGGACCAUCAUCACGUUAGGCCCGCGAACGGUUGGCGGAUCUCCAUCCGCCGCUGGUGGAUCUUCCAGUAGCAUCAACAUCACUUUGCUCAACGGCGGGCCAGUCACAUCCAGUCCGUCGAGCGAUUUGCUUGCGACCAAAGCGAAACCUGUGACGGAACAGGCCGUUUCGAGCACAACGCUGGACGAAACGCACCGCUCCAAUGCUCGGGCCAGCGCUUUCAAUGCCCGUCGAACCAUCGAGCAACGACGUCAGCAACAGCAGCAAGAAGAAGAGCAGGAAAUGCAAGAACCGGAACGUUCAGAACCGGCGGCGACCAAUGUCAAGACCCUACCGGCGUCGACGUACCUUUAUGGCGAAAGGGGCAGUCCGGCCUCCAGUUUCGGGGGUUCAUCGUUGCGAACCAUGUCGAUCUCGAUGUCGUUCGACGAUCUCGACGAGUCGAAUAGCAACGCGUCCAUCACGGAACAGCAACGUCGAUCGGGCGGCCGGAACAGGUCGGAAGCGUGGUACGAACGCCGCCAAUCGUACGGAUUCGAAGCGGCCGAUAAGCUUCAGAGUUUGCUCAACACUUCCGGCAGUUCGGAUGUGCCUUCCAUCACUGGAACGGCCGUCAGUCGCUCCUGUGACAGCCUCUGCUCCACCGUCCGUUCGACGUCCAGCGCCAUCGAGAAAAUGAUUCCGCCAUGGAUCAAGAAUCCAUCGCCCAAACAGGCGGAAGAGGAGACGGGCAAAUCGCCCAGCGGAUCGUCCCGUCUCUCGUAUUUCGAGCAAUCGAUGGACGAUGUGUCCGCUGAUGACGAGUCGGAAGAUAACCGGAUGAAGACGAAAGACGCGCCUUCAUCCGCGACGGCUGAUCGCAAACCUGAUGGCCAGCCGAGACGGACGCCUACGCCGACUUCCAUCCAGCGCUCGGAGAGCAGCCGCUCGGCCACCAAUGUGCUGGAAGAGGCGGAACCGAUUUGGCUGCGAGAUUUGAGAAUCCGGCGGAGUCUGCGCGAUGGACGCCGGAAACCGCCCGUCAUCAAGUCUCCACCCCCGAUGGAAACGCCCAUUUGGCUGGGCGUUAAACUCCGUCCUACCGGACUUUCUCUCGUCGAUCCGGAUCCUUCCGUCGGACCCGCUUCCUCCACUUGCAACUUACCAUCCCCUACCAAACCGCAUCACUACACGCCCAUAUUCACGUUCACUAACACCGGAACGAGCAGCAAGAUCCAGCAGCACUUGCGCAACUCCCGCGAAAACCUUCUGGCCAGUUGCAGCAGCUCUGCGGAGCGGACACCGGAAUCGAACCGCAGGAAAUCGGAAGAAAGGCAAGCGGCCGUGACGAGCACGUUCUCCGCUUCGAGCAUCGCGUCUUCCAGCGAAUCCAAAGAAGAAACGGCCCAGACGGUCAUCGAAUCCAGUCACAGCAACAACACGACCACGUUCCGCUUGGUGCCGGCCAAGUCCAGCCAGAAAGCGGCGUCCAGUUCGAUUGUGAUCGUCAACUCGUCGAGGGAGAGUUUGCACAGCGUCGGCACGGUGGAUUCGUCCUCGUCGUUUACGUGCGAAACGGCGUCCAGCAGUAAAUUGAAUCAUCACAGAUCCAUCGAAUUGAUGCGGAUGCUGGAAGAGACGCCCCUGGUGUCUACUAACGGCGUUCCGCUGCGACACGAUCGAACGGAUUCGGCCUCCGCCGUCAACACGGAAACGGGUUCCGUUUAUUCGAUGGGCGACUGGACGGAAUCCAGCUCGGCCGUCGCAUCCGUCAAGAAUUCCAACGAGGAUCUGACGCAAAUGAAUCAAUCGGAAGGCCAGCGGAAGGCCAAAAAAGUGGCCUUCGGCGCCGACGUCAAGGAGGAGAGCGAUCAGAAGAGGUCGAGACCUCGGCGGAUACGUUCCAGGAGCCCGGAAUCGCGUCUCCGCGAAUGGCAGGAGAGAUUGGAGGAGGUCAAAUCGACCGUUAUCCACCACCACCAAGCCGGGGCUGUCCAUCAGCCGACCGAGUUUGGAACAGGAAUGAAUCCGACGGCAUCCGGCAGCGGUUUGCCGCUGCGGCGGUUCGGUGACGACAUCAAAAAUCUUCCGGAAUCGAAUACGCAGACGAACAGCUCGACCGCGACGUCUUCCACGACGAGCGACACGUUCCGCUCUUUACUGCAGCCGAGGAAACCCUACGCCAUUGUCCCUCCGGCUGGCAAUCCAGCUGUUCCAGUGAAGGAAUCGGUGAUCGUCGACAGCUGUCCGCCCAUGAUGAAAGCUUAUUCUACGUCAUCUUCGGUAGAAAUUCCGGUGUCCAGGCCGGCACCGGUGGUCAUCCGCAAUGGAAUCGUCAAUUUCGAUUCGUCCGUGGAGCGGAAGAUCGUCAUUUUGGAGGAAAAGGAAACAAUUCCGGCUCCGAAAAGCAUCUUGAAAAAGAGGAGCGUUGAGAAUUUGCUGGACAUUGAGCGGAACACCAACGAGCCUGUAGUUAAGCCGGCCGUUAUUGCAGUUACUCAGGCAGCGGUCAUUCCGGUUCUGAUGACGGCCAGUCAAUCCGUUCAUUCCGGAAUUACCGUUUCUAUGACCAAUCAGAAGAAAGAACCUCCGCCGGAGCACCAGGAAAUCCUACCGUGGCGGAUUCAUUUGAAGCACGUGGAACAACCGCCAACGAUACACUCGAUUCCGGUGCAGCAACAGCCAGAGCCGGAAGCCACCGCGCCUCCGUGGAGGAUGGAUAUCAACCGGAAGAAGACUCCGCCGUUUGUGGCCAGAGCUCCGACGCCGGACAAUUUUUUCUCGCGCGGAAGAUCGCCGUGUUCCACGACAUCCGAGUCUUCAACGGCCACCAUUCCGGGCAUGUCGGCGGCCGAGCUGAUCCGCAAUCUCCGCCCCAACCCCGUCAUGAUGGUGGCUCGUUGCCAAGUCAAAGAAUCCGUCUUCCGGCCAACAGUUUCCACGGAUCUGGAACCGGAGACGAUCAUUUUGCCGUUGGAAUCGGAUCCUUCAUCCGUCAGGGCUGACCACGGCUACCAUUCCCUAGAGCCGGAAGCGGAAUCCAGCGCCAUCAAGAGGCAGCAAUCGUCUUCCGUUCGGCAGCAGACGACGGUGGAUGAAACGAGAACAAUCGACGAGACAAUUGCGCAGCUUAACGAAACCAUCGAAGAGAUCCGUUCGCUCGACGUCGUCCGCCCGGAAGCGGAAUUCGAACGAAACGGCACCAAUUCAACUCCGACCGUUCAGGCUCCUGUCUGUGCCGCCAAAAUGGAGAUCGGCAAUCCGUCGGCCAGCAGCAGUCCUUACCCCAUCAAAAUAGAUAAGCCGAGUGCCUUUUAUCCAGCACUUCCGCAUUCCAAGAGCGGUUCCAAAAUUCCGGAAAAUCGGUUCAUCGUUCGCGAAAUCCGACCUUCUGGCAGUGUCCAGGAGGCUCGUACUUUCUUCCAGUCGACGGCAUCCGGCGAAACGACGCACCAUCGUUCAACAGUGGCUUCGAAUCGCCGUGAUUCAGCGGAUGGCGGCCGACUCGCGGAAGCGCCUGAAAUCAAAGCGACUAAUCAUCAGCUGCAGCGAUUGCGGGAAACCACCAAGCUACUGGCGGAAGGGCAUCCGCAGCUGCGGGCGGAGUUGGCCGUCAAUGCCAGACUGAACCAACCGAACGAAACCAACCCUAACGUGGGCCGCCACAUCAACCAAAAUGGCGACGCGACGACGUCGCAGAUUCCAACCAGUAAAACAAGCCCAGGGCAAAAGAGGCGGCAAUCGUUCGUGAUGACCUCGGGAGUCGAACAUCACGACGUUGAGCCAACCAUUCCCGUUGUCCAUCAUAAACCAUCCGAAUCGACCGAGUUGAGGGACACGAGCGUCGAAGAAGUGAUGAGCACGUUCGACUCAACGAUAGAAGAAGCUCUCUCGGAUAAUGACCAAUUGAGGGAUUCAAUCAUCCGCAAGAGCAGUUCCGUCAUGACGUCCACCACGUUCAGCAGCCGAUCCAGCACGGCAGCCACUCGAUUGCGGACGUCUUCUCCAAACAAAACGACGCAGUUUACGAGAGAGGAGAACACAUCGUCUUUCACGUGCAGUUCAACACCCCUGUCUUCCGGUCGAAGCAAACCGCAGCCGGCCAAGAGGUCGAAUUCGAUCGAGUUGACAUCCGGCAUGCCGGAAGAGAAGGCCGCUCUUUUGGUGCGUAAAUUCUUCGGCAAUUCCGUCAUCGAGACGAAGAUGUCGCGCAUCGCAAAGACGGAAACGAUCAUGGAAGAAUCCAGCGAGUUCGGAUGCUCUUCUUCGUUUAGCGAAGAGAAAACUCUGCUGGAAGCGGCGGUGGAAGCGUUUUCUUCUCCAUCGCCACAGCCGCCGGAAGCCUACGAAUGUGACGAUUUCUUCCAUCGUCCAUCCAGCGAAGCGGAAGGGAUGAGCACCUCGUCCUUCGGAUCGGUCCUGGACGUCAUGGACACGACGACCGAUGAUGAACGAAGCAUCCGCACCACGUCCUCCACGACGAUGACCAACACGACGCGCUACUCGAGUUGCAGCGAGCGAAGCGUCAAACUCAGCGACAUCAUCAAUCGUCCGGAUCGGCCGUCAUUGCUGGAUUCGGCCGUCUCAUCUUCAUGUGCCACUCCGGUUACGGAUGAAUUCUCUUAUGCCACUUCGGAAUCGGCUUCCAUCGCCAUUAGCGUUUCUCAGACGACAACGGACUCAUCGUCCGUGGGAUCUGACUUUUCCAGGUCGGGAUCCAGCAGCAUCCGCAGGAAUAAAACUCAACGGCAUCCAACUGUGAUCAGGAAAGAUAAGAACAGCCUUCCGGCUGUAUCUGUCAAGUCUUCGACGAGAACGCCGCCCAGCAGAAGUCGAUGCGGGGCUAGUAGUUCUCAAUCCAGGGGAGCAAAUCAUCGAUCCAGCGCGUCCGCUUCGCCAUCUACCAGCUCAACGUCGGGACUCCGGCGCCGCUCCAAUGGCAGCGGUAGCUCGAAAUCAGCUGGCGAUCCGGCGAAAGCAUCGACAUCGGCCAACAGAUCCGGCGGAAGCAAAAGCGUUCAUUGCGCACCUGUGGCGGCACCUGUUCGACCUCCGCGUACACUCCAGCAGGUCAACCAGUCAACGGAAGUGAAAAAGAGGAGCGUGCGCACGUCGAGCAGUGGCAGUACGCUCCGGAAUGCAACUGCGGCCUCAUCCGCCAAGAUCCCGACAUGUUCCGCCAGGAAAUCUCCAGGCUCUCAGGCUGAUCGUAAGACAUCGGUCAGCGCUUCGGCCGGUGGAACUCCUCUGGCCAAUAGGACGAACCGUCUAGUGACCAUCACAUCCUACAAGGGUAGGAAUUCCGCAUCAGUCAAACCGGAUGAUGCUUCGGCCGUGAGCGGAAUCAAAGUGACUCCGGUUGCAGUGGGUUCGGGACACUAUAAAAUCCGCAUGGAUCAGAGGAUUGCAGCCGCAGCUGCGGAGAAGGCUUCCAAGACGACAACUAAAAAAACCACCACAUCACAACGAUCUAAUGGAAUCAAAACGACGACAACGACGUUGGAGAAACGAUCAAACACGACAUCCAGCAGCCGAAAUACGACAGUCAAACCUGACAAAUGAUGGACCAAUCCACGUUAUAAACAAAGUAUAGUCUAAUAAAAGAAAAAUAAUAAAUUGUUUUUGUUCAGGAUCGAUGUAGUGUAUAGAUGUCGACGGUGUUGUAAUGAUCAUCAACGACCAAUUCAAGACGAAACGCUUGUCAUUAUCAAAGAUGUUGCAUAUAUAUACUAAAACAAAUCUGUGUUUUUUUUUAAAUAUGGGGAUCCUUUAAUACUUUUCUAUGCUAUAUAUGCUCUGCCCUCUUUGUUAUACAUAAUAAGUGUCGUUCUCCUCUCUUUUUCAUUCUCUUUUUCUCUCUUCCUGAAAUGAUAUGCCGUAUAUAAAGUUGUUGCAUGCGAACGUUGUAUGAUGGAUGGCGAAUUAUCUCUCUACACACACAAGAACAUCAAAGCAAACAUACAGUCGACCGGCAUGUGUAGUCGUUGAUGACAACA